CGUUGGGGAGGGGCUAGUGGGGCCUGGAGACGGCGCAGUGACAGGACCGCCGAGGCUGGUGCUGAGGCGACGAUGGCAGAGGGGCCGGAGGAAGUCCGAGGCCGCCCUCCUGAGCAGGACGACGGCGGAGGGGACCCCGAGCCCGUCCCUUCCCUGAGAGGCUCUCCCGCCGCCGCCCUACGCCCCCGGGACGGGCCGCAGGCGGAACCCCAGGCCCCGGGCCGGCCCCCCGCUCCGGGCCUCGCACCCUCCGCGGCCGCCGCUGAGGAGUCGGAGCCGCCCGGCGAGCCCGGGAAGCGCGGGGAGACGGGCCCCGGCUCCAGUGCGGGGCUGCAGGAGCCGGCAGGCGGCGAGGCGCCCGAGGCCGCCGCGCCGCGAGACAGGCCGGUGCGGCUGAGCGCCCGCGAGUAUUCCCGGCAGGUGCACGAGUGGCUGUGGCAGUCCUACUGCGGCUACCUCACCUGGCACAGCGGCCUGGCCGCCUUCCCCGCCUAUUGCAGCCCCCAGCCGCCCCCGCCGAGCUACCCCUCGGGCGGUGGCGCCCCCGCCCCCCAGGCCGCGGCGCCGCCGCCCCUCCAGCUGGGCUAUUACAACCCCUUCUACUUCCUGAGCGCCGCGGCCGCCGGGCCUGACCUGGGAGCGGCUACCGGCAUCACCCCCGCUGCUCCGGUCGCGGGCCUGGGAGGCCGGGCUCCGCACGCGCAGGGAUCCGUCCGGGCAACCCCGGGGACCAGGGUGGGAUCCGGCGCCCCUUCGCGAACCCCGAGCGAGACCGGGCGGCAGGCAGGCAGAGAGUAUGUUAUUCCAUCCUUGGCCCACAGAUUUAUGGCAGAGAUGGUGGAUUUCUUUAUUCUCUUCUUUAUAAAAGCAACCAUUGUCUUAAGUAUUAUGCACCUCAGUGGAAUAAAGGAUAUCUCCAAGUUUGCUAUGCAUUAUAUAAUAGAAGAAAUAGAUGAAGACACAUCAAUGGAAGAUUUGCAAAAAAUGAUGAUUGUGGCUCUCAUAUACAGAUUGUUAGUUUGUUUCUAUGAGAUAAUUUGCAUUUGGGGAGCAGGUGGAGCGACCCCAGGGAAGUUCCUGCUGGGCCUUCGAGUGGUAACGUGUGAUACAUCUGUGCUUAUCGCGCCGAGUCGGGUUCUAGUGAUUCCUUCCUCAAAUGUGAGCAUCACAACGUCUACUAUACGAGCUUUGAUCAAGAAUUUUUCUAUUGCUUCUUUUUUCCCGGCUUUCAUCACAUUGCUGUUUUUUCAGCAUAAUCGAACAGCCUAUGACAUUGUAGCAGGAACCAUUGUGGUAAAGAGAAAUGGGGUCAGAUGAUGCCCCAAAAAGCCCUGAAUUCCAUCCUCUCUGGAAUAACGACAAGACUAAAUUAUGUAUCGAGGCCAUCGGUAUCCCUGGGUUACACUAAUUGAUGAUUUAGAAAUUAAAGCAGUCACUCCAGUGUGA